CCUCAAGGAACUUUUGAAAGGACUGUUGAUCUCCGCAAGUAUAAUUUCGCCUCUAAAGGCUUCCAAUUGUGCUUCCAUGCCGUCUGAGGCAGGUUUAUUUAUGCUGUAAUGCGGUCGGGAUGUUGGUACUUACAGAUGCCCUUCCUCCGUACAGAAUGGGUGAUGAAUUGGGCGUUAAUCCUCUCGCUGUGGCUUGGCGUGGCUUGGGGCAUGAGUAAAAGUCAGCUUGAAGGACUCAGAAAGGAUACCGAGCAUAUGUUCUACCAUGGGUUUGAAAAUUACCUUGAGCAUGCCUUUCCAGAAGAUGAACUACGCCCUCUUUCCUGCCGUCCGCUGGUUCGCGACCGAGAUACCCUUGCCAAUGCAGGACUAAACGAUGUUCUAGGCAACUACUCGUUGACAUUGAUUGAUAGUUUCUCUUCACUAGCAGUAUUGUCAUCGAGCCCCGAUGAUGGCCCAAGAGCCUGGACACAUUUCCAGGAUGGUGUGAAGGACUUUGUAAAACUAUAUGGUGACGGCUCAGAUGGCCCUGCUGGUCAGGGAGACAGAGGUCGCGGGUUCAACAUGGACAGUAAGGUCCAAGUGUUUGAGACGGCUAUUAGAGGGCUAGGCGGGCUGCUCAGCGCCCAUUUGUUUGCUGUGGGCGAUCUCCCAAUUACGAACUACAAUCCUCCUGAAGCCGAAACCGCAUUUGCACGGGCUUGGGACAAGAGUCCGUUCUCCGCAGAUAGGCGCGGAAUCAAGUGGGAAAAUGGAUUUGUUUACGACGGUCAGCUUCUCCGACUUGCCGUUGAUCUGGCAAAUCGUCUAUUGCCCGCCUUUUAUACCAAAACUGGUCUCCCUUACCCGCGGGUCAACCUGCGUUAUGGGGUCCGACGGCACCCGUUCUAUGCAAAAUCGCCACUUAAUGCCGCCCUCUCGUGUGAUGAAACCUCUAAUGAUGAGAGUUGUAAGUCUCGUCAAGUUCCAUUAGCAGAAACGACGGAGACAUGCAGUGCAGGCGCUGGCAGCUUAGUCUUGGAGUUUACUGUCUUAAGCAGGCUUACCGGAGAUGGCCGGUACGAGGACCUGGGGAAAAGAGCCUUUUGGGCAGUGUGGGCGAGAAGGAGUGAGAUUGGAUUAAUUGGUUCAGGUAUCGAUGCGGAGUCGGGUAAAUGGAUUCAUCCUUACACGGGAAUCGGAGCCGGGAUUGACAGUUUUUUCGAAUAUGCUUUUAAGUCACAUAUCUUGUUGUCCUCGGGGGAACGCUUCCCGCGAGAUCUCAAGAGCUCAUGGCAUGCCUUAGAUGAUUACCUUGCACCACUAAGCGAGUACGAACAUUCGGCAGAGGCUUUUUUGCAAGCCUGGCAAGAAUCACACGCUUCAAUCAAACGCCAUUUGUAUCGGGGAGAUGGCUACCAGCACCCGCAUUUAAUCCAAGGUGACAUUUUCACUGGUGCCACGCGGGCGUUGUGGAUAGAUAGUCUGAGCGCCUUUUACCCAGGUCUCCUGAGCUUGGCUGGAGAGUUAGAUGAGGCCAUAGGGAUCCAUCUUCUGGCAACAGCUGUUUGGACUCGGUUUUCCGGGCUCCCCGAAAGAUGGAAUGUCGCGACGGGAGAUGUAGAGGGGGGCUUAGCAUGGUACAGCGGCCGACCAGAAUUCGCUGAAUCUACAUAUUACCUCUACCACGCCACCGAAGACCCUUGGUACUUACACGUCGGUGAGAUGGUGCUGCGUGAUCUCAAACGACGGUGCUGGACGAAAUGCGGAUGGGCUGGGCUUCAAGACGUCCGCAGUGGCAAACUUAGUGACCGAAUGGAGAGCUUCUUCUUAGGCGAAACGGCGAAGUAUCUUUACUUGCUCUUUGAUCCUUCGCACCCUCUGAACAAAAUCGACCUACCGUUUGUGUUUUCUACGGAGGGGCAUCCACUUAUCAUACCCAAGAGCACAACAGCAGCUCAGAAGCCCCGCAAGAAACAACCGUCAGCCAACAAGCAGGUCAAUGCUGCUAUUUGUCCUAUAGCGCCCUUGCCUCCUGUAUUUGGGUUUUCAUCGACCGCCGCACGCCCUGACGUUUUCCAUGCUGCAAAAUUGGCUCGUUUACACUUGAUGCCUAACCGGGCAGCGCCGGAGGGGCCUAUUUUGGACUAUACAAAAAACCAAGCUAGUAUGACGAUAUCCGAUCUGUCUUCACCAACAAACUAUACGUUCUUCCCUUGGACUUUACCACCCGAACUGGUGCCGUUCAAUGCAACUAGCUCUCCGAUGACCGUUCGCCCCACGCUUGACAUCUCGUUUCCAUCUCUCCCCGGCAUGUUCCUAGGAUCUGGCUCCUUGGAACGAGUGCAGGAUGGCAUUCUCAUCAAGGCUAUAGGGGGCCUACGGUUGAGUAUGGUCCAAGACCUGCCCCCACAAGAUGGGAGAGGCACGACAAAAGGAGAGUUUCGGGUACAAGUUAUCAACAAUGUACCGCUUGGAAAGUAUGAGAAGGUGUAUCUCUCGCGGGAGAUCACAAAUGAUAUCCUGGAUCCCACCGAUCCGAAUUUUACCCGCGUACGCGACUCCGCAAUGAUUGACAUCGUCAUUGACGUUAUCCCAAACAACAUCCAUCGGAAUAAUAAUUCAGUAAAUCCGUCUGCGUCGAGUGUAAAGACUGCUUUAUCAUCGUUGGUGAAUCAUGUCUCCUGGUUGCUCUGGGAUGAAUCACAAUCCCAUUCGUCCUGGCAGCCCUUGAAGAAAAAGAAGUCGUUUCUAAGACUUACCUUACCCGCUGCUAUGGCUUCCGGUUUAGGCUCUACGCCCAUGCCUGAUGUAGAAGAUUCCUCUACAUUUUCUAUCACUGAAGAUUUUCCGAAAGAUCGUCUCCCUUGGUCCACAAUAUACUUUGCCGAUGAGCUCUGUGACCAUCGGAUACUACGUGACAUUGUGCAGAGUCAUCAAGUGCUUGUCAUUAGGCGGGGCGGGUGCAGUUUCUCGCAAAAAUUAAAGAAUAUCGCUGCAUACCCACCAUCACGGCAUGCACUAAAACUCGUCAUUGUUGUCUCCUACGAGGAGCCAACGGUCGAGAACCCAGGACCCAAAUCUAAUCCUUUGUCAAGCCUAGCUGCUGUCCGUACAGAGCCGUAUCUCGUCCGGCCAUACCUCGAUGAAACUCAGAUGACCGCAGGUGGGGUCCCUCGCCGCCAUCUAAUCAGCAUGGUCAUGGUCAGUGGCGGUGAGGAAACAUAUGAACUACUUCGCCAGGCCAUAGGUGUGGGCAUCAAACGGCGGUAUACUAUAUGGUCGCAGGGAAUACCAGUCAACAACUUGCAUAUCAUCUAGAUGGAAGUACAAUUUUGUAUAGCUACUGGAAUAUCAGAGCCUUCAUGCAAUACCGUGUAGAAAACAUGUAUGUGCACCCCUUUCUCUUCCCCAGAUACUAUGAAUUUGGUUCUUCACUUGGUUCGCCGCCACUCUUGCGCCACAGCAUGUUGAUUGGUGG